AGAAAAACACUUGUGAAUGCAAUUCGCGUGGCUAAGUUCAGCUAAUAUGAUGAUUGGUGUUCUGGUUUUCGCUCUAGCGGCUUGCACAGCUUGGGCCGGGCUAGUGAAACGUGCAGACCCAACAAGUGACGGAUGGAAAAGGAUUAAUCUGAGAGAGGUGUGCUAUGAGGGCAAAGGCAACAGAUACGGGACCGUGUUAAAUUACGGCUCGGGGCGACUAGUAGGAGCCAUUAAGCUCGUCUACAAGCACGGCACGAUCCGCUGCGUCUCCAACACAGCCUACAACAGCCGAUGGGGAUGCCACCAUUACUGGAAGAACUACCCCCUGGACGUAGUCAUCACGGACAAGAACAAUGAAGUCAUCUACCCGAAAUCCGAGUUUAUUAGGCACAGCUCUGGCAAGUGGUACUACCUACCCUUCACUAAUGAACAACACUCCGACGAGUUGGUGUUCACCGACUUUUGCCAGCCCUUCUACUUCCCUCAAUACGCAGAGAUGCGAAUCUGGUACGGAGAAGAUCUCACUGGGUGGAGUGAAGGCGACAAUCAAGGGCGUGUAUGCGUAGAUGUGUAUGCCAGAUUCAUGUAGUAGUGCCAAGACCAUUCAUCUGUUCCUAAAAUUCAUGUACCUGGUGUAGUUUAGAUGUAUAAUGCCAGGUUUAUUGCUUGGAUAAAGAUAACGUUAGCGUUA